GCCUUGAAUUUUGAAAUAAAGCAAAACAUGCAUGUAUGUAUGGAUUUCAAAACGUGGUGGAAGAGCAAUAAGGAAACAGAAGUUAAUCAGAUUUGUUUGAAUCCUUGCAGUGGUUAUAAUUUCAGUUUGGUGCAGUUGGAAACUAAUAGAACAUGAUGACGUGUUUAUGUGUGUGUGUAUAAUUUAUUAAUGAAUGGUAAUGAAAGCAUUUUCUAGCAACCACUCUCCAAAUUAGCCAGCCCAAUGCACAUGCAGUGUCCUGCUGUUCAUGUUGUGCCUGAAAAACAAUUUCUAAUUUCUGUUCAUGGACUCUGACUAAAAGGAAAAGAUCGCUACAUGUAUUUGGAUAAGUGUGAUUAUGGCUAUGAUUAUCUUUGUUGAAUUUCAUCGCUGUUUCAAGGAAAGUAUGCAAAGUUUGUAGGGAGUGAGAGAUUGACAACUUGUGUUAAAUUCCAAAGAAAGAAAAUGAGGUAACAACUACAUUCGAAUGCAGUUUCGAGGAUACCAUCAAGAUGAAUUUGCCCAGUAGCUUCGCCUUCGACUAUGGAUGAAUAAAGCCACGAACUGAAGUCUUCAUUGGAUUGACAUAUCAUUGGCUGUGAUGGACCUCUACUAGAUCUUUAUUUUGGUUGUGACUUUUUUUUUCUUCUUUCAUUUAUUUAUUUGCGUUGAGGAUUUUUUAGCUGGACGGAUUUAACAUGUUUCUAAGACGUUACAUAGAAAGGUUGAAGACCUCUUGCUUUCGCCAAAAGACCAGGUCAUUUUCCAUUACACGAGUAUUCAUCAUUGUUAUUCUCUUCAGUCUUGUGACUUUCUUCAUCCUCUCAUAUAAACUGAUGACCCCAAGACACGUUCGUAAAAUGCCACAUCCACCAGUUCCAAAGGUGCACUGUCGAUUCGAAAGAAAGAUGCAGUUUGCGCCAAGAGACCACAACACCAGGGACAAUCUGCAGAUCAGUAAGAAAGUGCUGGUGAUUGCUGAGUCCCAUUAUCCCAAACUGGUGAGACAGAUAGUACAGACGCUUGAGCUAGCUAGGUUUGACUACAAGAUCGAAAGUACGGGUAAACAUUUACCUCCCCUGACUCAUUUAGACAAGGGAAGGUGGUCUGUGAUUAUUUUUGAGAAUUUGGAAGCUUACUUAGCUAUGGACCAAUGGAAUAGGGAAAUGAUUGAUAAGUACUGCAAAGACUUCAAAGUGGGGAUGAUCAUUUUUGUGCACUCUUCUGAUGAAUUAGGAAUUGAUAGGGAGAAAGUUACAGGAUUUCCCUUGAUUCUACGGUACAACAUGGGACUUCGGGAUUUCCACUUGAACAUGUAUUCCGAAAUGUGGAGAAUCGCUCGACCGGGUGAAGUGAUAGAUGGGCCGCUGGAGGAUGAUGAUUGGACAGUGUUUGAAUAUCACAACAACACAUACGAACCAUUGGCGUUCGCUAGGGCUGCCCCCAACCAAUUUAUAGAGGGUACUGAACAAGACAAUUCAACUUUAGUGGCUGCCAUCCUAGAUGUGGGGAAACAUGAUGGGAUAAAGCGUGUGUUCUUCGGAAACUCUCUGGAGUUUUGGUUGCAUCGCCUGAUGAUGGUUGAUGCUCUGUCAUACCUGUCACAUGGGAAGUUGAGUCUCUCUCUGGAUCGUUAUAUUCAAAUAGAUGUGGACGAUAUAUUUGUUGGAAUCACUGGGACUAGAAUGACAGCGGCAGAUGUUGAGGCCAUGGUACAAGCUCAGGAGAGGUUUCAGAAGAAGGUGGAGGGAUUCAUGUUCAACAUGGGAUUCUCCGGCUAUUACUUCCAGACCGGAGAUAAUCCCGAAAAUGAAGGCGACAAGAAGAUACUAGAAUACAAGAACAAGUUCUGGUGGUUUGGUCACAUGUGGAAGCACGAACACUCGCACAAGUUUCCUCAACAGAGACUGGAGCAGUCCAUGCUCAAAAACUACCAGUUUGCCAAGGAGAUGAAGAUCCCCGUACAUCACCAGUAUGCAGUAGCCCCACUACACGCUGGUGUGUUCCCAAUCCAUGAGGAACUGUACAAUGCCUGGAAAAAUGUGUGGGACAUCCGAGUGACCAGUACAGAAGAGUACCCCCGCCUGCACCCUGCCUGGAGAAGGAGGGGCUUCAUAUACAAAGGGGUGAUGGUUCUUCCACGCCAGACCUGUGGACUGUUCACACACACCAUGUACUAUGACGAGUACCCUGGGGGCCCACAGGUCCUAGACAAGAGCAUCCAAGGGGGAGAGCUCUUCUUGACAUUCCUUUUCAAUCCUAUUAACAUAUUCAUGACACAUAUGUCUAAUUAUGGCAAUGACCGCCUGGCCUUGUAUACCUUUGAGAGCGCUUUCAAGUUUGUUCAGUGCUGGACCAAUUUAAGGUUGAAGCAGGUGCCACCUCUGGAAAUGGGAAUUAAAUAUUUUGAAAUGUACCCUGAAGAGAAGGAUCCUAUUUGGAGGAAUCCUUGCUCGUAUAAGAGGCAUUUAGAGAUCUGGUCAGAAAACAAAACUUGUGAUAGACUGCCAAAGUUCAUGGUCAUCGGACCUCAGAAAACUGGUACCACAGCAUUGUACACAUUUCUCUCCAUGCACCCAGCCAUCAUCAGUAAUUACAACAGCUCUGAGACGUUCGAAGAGGUUCAGUUCUUUAACGGAAACAAUUACUACAAGGGCCUGGAUUGGUACAUGAAUUUCUUCCCCAUUCCGCCAAACGCUACCUCAGAUUUCCUGUUUGAGAAGAGUGCCACUUACUUUGACAGUGAGCUGGCACCGCAUCGAGCUCACGCUCUCCUGCCCAAGGCAAAACUCAUCUGUAUACUCGUUCAUCCGGCCAAAAGAGCAUAUUCCUGGUAUCAGCAUAUCAAAGCACAUAAGGACCCGAUAGCAAUGAAUCAUUCGUUUUAUGAAGUGAUCACAGCGACUAACUCGGCCCCCCAGAAGCUUCAGAGUCUGAGGAAUCGGUGCCUGAUGCCAGGAAUUUAUGUACAGCACCUGUCCAGGUGGCUAGAUUUCUACCCAGCCAGACAGUUAUUUAUUGUGGAUGGAGAAAAACUCAAGAAUCAACCAGCAGCUGUGAUGCAUAAUGUUCAGCGGUUCCUACAUAUAGAGCCGCACUAUGAAUAUAAUGAUUUACUCAGGUUUGAUCCCAAGAAAGGGUUCUAUUGCCAAACCAUGUCGAACAACAAGAGCAAGUGCUUAGGUCGAAGCAAAGGGAGAAAGUAUCCCCCCAUGGACCAGAAAUCAAUGGCGGUCCUACAGCAGUUCUACAGUAAACACAACGUGGCCCUGUCUCAUCUGCUGGAGAAGUACAAGUACAGGAUUCCUAAUUGGCUGGAGCAGGAGCUCAGCAGCAGCAGAUAACACUCAAUUCUGAUUGGUCAAAAAAAAAAUGGCAUUUAUGACAGUGUAAUUUAGAGAGCCAGUCCAAAUAUCGUCUUUCAUGACAUCAAAUGUUGUACUGCCAAAAAAUUUUGUUUUUUUUAAAUUUAGUUAAUAAUUGAGUAAAGCUUUUGUGUGAGAAUGAGAGGGUUGAGGAAGAUAUUAAUACUUGGAAAUUGAUCAAAUUUUCAUUUUGUCAUGGAACAACUUUGAAUUUUAAACUUUAUGAAACAAGGUUGUUGGUUUUUUUUUUUACAGGGCCAUUAAAUUUGCUAAUCAUAACUGGUGCUAGAAUAAUUGUAUUUGGUUUGUAAGCUGCUCAUGUCGUGCACUCCCUUGUCGUAUGAUUGUGAUAUUUUUUUAUGCUGUACCCAUCCUCUCCACAAGGUUGACCUGUAGGAAAUGAAUCUUAUUCUGAUAGACUUCAUUUUUCCUUUGAUUUGAUUUAAAAUGUCUAUGAAAUUUUCAUUAGGAGUACAAGUGACUUCAGGACAUUGUUCAGAAAUAUGUAACUAGAAUCAAAAUCCACACUCUUUAAGUGUUAUGAAUUGUUUACAUGUAUUUAAAAUCAUAUUGAUAUGAAAUCAAGUAGCAAAAUGGUUGAGUGUAAAUUUUAAUGUCAAAGCAUUGAAAAUUAACUGUAAACCUAAAUGUUGUCAUUGGAGUAGUUGCCAGAUUAGUUAAAUGGCUGUGAAUGUUAAUUUAUAUUUUUGCCACAAGGAUGGGAGAGGGUUUCAGUCUGCUUUUUUUUAACCAGUACAUUUUUAAUGAUUUUAAUGCAGGUCAUAAAGAUUGAUUUUAUAUGCAAUUGAAUAGUUUUUAAAAAAACCUUUGUAUUAGUUUUUUUUUUUUAAUGCUAGUUAUAGUGUAUCAACAAUCUACUUUGUUUAUAGCAUAAACUUACUAGUAACUGGUUAAGAUACAUAACUUCUGUGGUCAUAAGGUACCGGUACAUGUACAAGACUGUUACUAGCUAUAUAGUUGAAUCCUAGUUAUUAAAAAAAAUCUAUGUUGACUUAUGUCUACAUGUAUAAAUGGAGUGUGUUUGUAGGAAAAUUUUUAAUGGUUUAUUUUAAUACUGAUUGUCAUAUUACAGGUAGCUGUCAAAUCCCGGUUUCAUUCUUUCAAAACACUCAGUAGCCAUCAUAGUGAAAACAUUAAAAACUCAGAUUCUCUUUCUCCCCCUCCCCCACCGCCAAUCCUCCCUCACUUUGUUUGUGUAUGAUGAGGUUGUUUACCAGACUUGUUUACAGUUUGUUGUUAAACUCAUUUUAUAUGUAGCUAUUGUUUAUGUAAUUUUACAAUAGAUUAAUACAUGUUUUAAUUUUGUUGAACAAGCUUUAAUUCAUCGAAUUCAUUUUGAAUUUAAUCUUCUUUUUUUUUCAAUGUUGAAAAAAACAGUCAAUUUUUAUGAGAUCUGGUCUCUUAUUUUUGUAAUCGGAUGAUGUACAAGCACCAACUAUUUUGCACUUUGAUAAAUAUUAACAUUUUGAUUUGCUUUUGACUUUACCAAAAAAUUAUGUUGAAUGUGCAUGCAGCUAAAGGAUGAUAUGCUAUGUAUGAGGUAUAUAUAUAAGCUAUUUACCAUGUUGCAAAUGCUGAAAGAAAUUGCUUUCGGGGAAAACAAUGCUGAGAACAAGUUGUAUUCAUUGUAAAUACCAUUUCCAAAAAAAAAAUAUGUGCAAUUCCUGUGGAAUUUUUAUACAUAACUGUACAUGUACGUUUGUGAAGAUAGCAUGACAUGUUUUUUAAACUGCUUUGUCUAUUUUUGUAUGAACUUGUAAUUACUUUUGAAUUUUUGUCAGCAUUAUUCUCAUUCAGACCUGACAGUAUUUGCAAAGUCAUCAUUUUUAAUGCAACUGGUUUUUUGCUGAUCAUGAACAAAAAGCUUCUUCUUGUCAUAUCAAAAGUGCUAGAUUAUUAAUAAAGCCCUUGUAGUACAUGUAGUUUAAAUGUGUAACUUAUUUUGUUCCGUGAACAUAUUGGUGCAAACGUUUGAAUAAUUGUACUCAUAAAACACUGGUAUUAAUUAAAUGUUCAGUAGAUUAAUUUUAAAAAUAUUGUGAUUUACAAUGUAAUUGAAUGUACAUUAGGGUUUUUUUUUAGGGGUCUGCAGUUGGCCAAUUGAAAAUACCUCUUAUAUUAAAUUUAAACAAAGAUAAAACUUGCUGAAUGAUAUUCAAUCUUGUUCAUGAUUAUAAACUUGUGUAUAUUUUCCACUUUCAAAUUAAGUCUUAUAAACUUGUGUAUAUUUUCCACUUUCAAAUUAAGUCUUCUUUAUAAACUAAUUUUAAUACAUGUACUUUGGUUUCAUGUAUACUGGUCAUCAUGCUAAUUCAGAACAUGCUCUGGCAAUUCUAAACCUGUAUUAAUCUUUUAACAGUUGAACAUUUUUUCAAUUAUUGUUCUUUUUUGUAACAUCUUGUUUGCAGAACAUGUUUUUCUUGAUAGUUGAAAUUUCGAAUGGUAGCAAUAAUUGGUUGUCUUUAGGGCUUUCUGUAACUUUUGAUAUCAUUUUUUUAAAGCAAGAUAGAUAGUUACGAUAAUAUAUAUGAUUUAUUGUAUAUGUUCGUGCAUAUGAACCAGAAUUCGGUUUCAAACAAAAUAGUAUAAUUGCAAUACAAUUUUUUCAAAUGUGCUGAUGAAAUUGUUCACAGAAAAAUGUUCAGAUUAAAAGUUAAAUUAUAUAUUGAAUAAAAUACAGAGAAAAAAUGAA